AUGGCAGAGCUGAAGGAGCCAUCACAUGGCAUCUGGACCGGUUACGGCAGCCCAGUGCAAAUGGCAAACGGGCGUUUCGGGCAUCCGGGAGCGUUGGAUCCGGUUCUUGCCAAUGCGGCCGCGGCGGCACCUCCGGGCCCACAAUCGGCACGGCCGAGAACAGACGCCACUGGCUAUCCGUACACGCGGUACCCGCAAGACGACACUGACAUCUACGGCAGACACCAUUCAACAUCAAGUGCCAGUGGCGUGCCGCAUCCGUCACUGACGACACACCAAAGCUACCCGAACCUGAAGCGGACCUACUCACAAACAGAGCAGCACCAGCAACCACCACCGUCGCAAGCCCCACCAUACGGAGACAUGGUGCAAGACAUUCGCACCGAGGACGGCUCCAAAGUCAAUGUGAACCAGGGCCAUAAGCUUCUUUCCUUUCGACGGGCAGCGGACAAGCACACGAUUGUAGACCGCCACGGCCGCAUCCAGCAACUGGAUCUUUCCGCACAACUGCACGGCAUGUUCUUUUUGUCCGAACUGCCCACAAGCUCGAGCGACGGUUCCGUUUUGCAACCAGAGUUGACGUGCUACCGCCGCAAUCUCUUCCAGAUCAGCGGCACGCUGAUAACACCUAGAGGGCAACUGUCCGUCGUGAACGAAGGUGGCGAAUCGGUAGCAGUUAGCUCAACCGAGUUGACAAUUUCCGCGAUCGAGUCUGUAGAUGGCCAUCCGAUUCGCCUGAUUGUCAUUCCAUGGAAAACCCCACCGCCAAACUCGCCCGAAGUUGCUCAGAACCCCGAUCAGGAGCCGGUGCCUCUGCCGCUGAUUCCGUUUCAGGAUGAUGGUUCGGAGGCAGAAGGCGAGUAUGCAGUUUAUCCGAUAGGCUGGCGCCGUCUGCAAUUCCGGAUAGCCACGGCGAAUAAUGGACGGCGCAAGGAACUUCAGCAGCACUUCGUUCUACACCUAAAGGCCGUUGCAACUCUGGCCAACGGAUCAAAAGUUGUCUUGGCCGAGUCGACCACCGCACCAAUCGUUGUACGUGGCCGCAGCCCACGCAACUUCCAAGCCAGAAAGGAAAUCCCUUUGCUGGGUUCAAGUGCCGGUUCGAGAGGCCAGGCUCUGGUCGAGACAGGAAUGGGCAUCGUCGCAGGCCCUCUGACUGUGAAGACACAAGAUAAAGCAAGAGCAAUGGCGCUAGAUUUGCCCCGUUCGUCCUUUACCUUCACCGCCGCGCCCAAGAUGCCACCCAGCCCGCUGUCGAUGCGGUCCAAGUACGUUUUAGAGAUGUGA